AAGAGGACUAAUAAUAAUAUAUUUUCUCGUGAAAGAGUUUAUUGUUUUUCGACGUAUGUUUCUUUCUACGACUUUAAGGACAUUAACAUCAGUAACAAAUCAUACAAAUAGUUCGUAAAUACACUGAUAAGGUGCUGCACAGUUGUAUGUGAGGAAACGUGCAAAAUGGCAGAGCUGGUCUCUUAUCAGCGUUCGUUUGAAAAACCUACAUCUGCAAAUCUGCCUGCAUCACCGCUCAGGACUUAUGGUCCCACACCACCUCGCGCUGUGCCUGUGGUUGAGGAACUGACGCCUACUCUGAUGCAGCACAAUCAGCAGCAGCUCAAGCAGCUCCUGUCAAAGUGCAGGAAUGGAGUGUGGCUGUCCAAGAUUCCUGAGCUUUACCUAAAAGCUUUUAAGGAGGACAUGCAUCCUGCUGCUGUGAAGGACUUGGUAAAUUGGACGGACAUCUGCUGUGUUGAGAAGCCUGGAACGAGUCAGAUAGUGGAUCGACUUGUGUACCCCGCCAUAAACAUGCCUGUAAAGCCAGUUUCUGUGGUCCCUCCACAUCCACUCGGCAUCAGCCCUCAAAAAUCAACACCCGCCUCAACACAAACCAGUCCCAUCCCUCCCAUAACCAAGCCUUGUGCACCACAAACCAGUCCCAUCCCUCCCCUAACCAAGCCUUGUGCACCACAAGCCAGGCCCUGCGCAACACAAACCAGUCCUAUGGCUCCCCUAACCAAGUCUUGUGCACCACAAGCCAGUACCCGCCCAACACAAACCAGUCCCAUCCCUCCCCUUACCAAGCCUCGUGCACCACAAGCCAGUACCCGCCCAACACAAACCAGUCCCAUCCCUCCCCUUACCAAGCCUCGUGCACCACAAACCAGUCCUAUGCCUCCCCAAACCAGGCCUCACACACCACCAACCAGUCCCAUCCCUCCCCAAACCAGCACACCACAACCCAAGCCCUGUCCACCUCUAAGGAAACCCUUGACCCCUAGUCAAAAGGCUCCACCCCUGCCCACUCCUCCUCAUAGCCCGGUGAUCAUAAGUGCAGAUGACAAGCAGAAGCUGCGGGUUUUGCUAGAGAAACAUAGUGGUGGAUUGUGGGCUGACUCGCUACCUACACUCUUUCAGAAAACCUUUGAGAGUACACUACCAUCACAAGUGAUGGAAGACCUGUCUGUCCUGAGUGACUCCUGCGUCGUUGAGUACCCAACUCCCACUAAGGAUAAGGCUAUCCUGUACCCCAUCGCUAUAAUGGAAGAUGACACUCCCCAGACGCCUGUGGUCCUCCCCCACCAGCGCAUUGCAACCCCACUGGCACCCCCUUUGUCCCCUCCUGAUGAGGACAACUUGUCAGUGCUGGUUGUAGAGGCCCUCUCUACAAACAGUCUAGUGAUCAGGUAUGUUGGUCCUGGUUACUCUGAGGCUUUGGCAGACAUGGAAGACUCCAUGAAGAAGUUCUAUGAUGACAAGCUACAGAGUGGGGCUCCCUGUGUGCUCCUCCCCAAGAAUCUGUAUGCUGUGCUAAAAGAGGAAGGUGGGGUGCUGCGGGCCCAGUUGUGUGAGGUUAUGGACAAGAAUGUAAAGGUGUAUUUUGUGGAUUAUGGAUUCAGUGGUGUGGUGGGCAAAGCCAAAGUUAAACGACUCGAUGAGCAGUUUCUCCGCCUCCCCUUCCAGAUCUCCACCUGCAAGCUUGCUGGUCUGAGUGACUUCCAUACAAAAUCAGCUGUUCUGAAGGUCUUGGAGUCAAAGGCCUGUAGCCAUAUCCUCUCGGCUGAAGUGGUUGAGAGGGGUGAAGUUCCAGUGGUGGUUCUGUACAACACGUCUCAGGCAGGACACGUCAACAUCAACGCCAUGUGUCUGCAGGCUCUGCAGGACACUUCCCUGUCCAACCCUCUAACGGUGAAUAGCGUUUACUUGAAUGUGGCAGUGACACGAGUGUGCCCAGAUGGAACGCUUUUUUGCCAGGUUCCUUGCUGUGGUCUUUCCAGACUUAAAUGUCUUUCCGAGAAGAUUGAGUCCAAGGUAUCCAAGGAAAGCACAGAGUUGCGAGUCACAAAGCCGUUCCAGGGGAAGAUCUGUCUGGCAUGCUUUGAAGGAAAAUGGUCUCGGGUGGAGGUUACCAAAACACACAGUGCAUGUAUGGUGGACAUUCGGUUUGUCGAUUUGGGUCAUGAAGCCUCAGUGAAGGUGACAGAGCUUCGAGAGAUCCCUCCUGUGCUCUUGCCCGAGGCCAUCGUCAUUCCCUUCCAGGCCUUGCGGUGUGCCUUGGAGGAGCUGACUGACCAGCCUGCAUGGACUGCUGAAUGCUACCUGUGGCUCUGCCAUAAUGUUGUCAACAUGGCUGACUGUAGUAUGAAGAUAACAAAGAUGGCCAAAAACAAGCCUGUGCACAUCUACUUGUAUUCCUCCAAAGGCUGCCAUGAGUUGCGUGACAGCAUUAACCACCAGCUGCUGAACUUUGCCAGAGGCGACGAUAUCGCCCUGCAGUUAAAGCGCUCUGCCAGCCGACUGGCUUCUGGAGAUGCUACACCUCUCCCUGUUGCCAUGGAGAACUCCGCCUUACCCCUGAUGCUACCCCUCCCAAACGUGGGCCAGACAGCUGAUGUUUUUGUGCCCGUGGCCUGCCACCCUGGACACUUUGUGGUCCAGCUGCGUGAGGACCUCUCCAAUUUGACCACAAUGAUGGGCGAGAUGGUUGCGCACUACAAAAGUGUUCAGUCUGAUGAGGCAGUCACUGUGGAGAAGAACCUGAUAUGUGCUGCCAUGGUGGAAAUGGGCUGGUACCGUGUGCUAAUCAAGGGUGUGCUAACCCAAGAACUGGUUCGUGUCUAUGAGCUGGAUUAUGGAAGCCACCACCUGGUGUCCAGCAAACAUCUCCGACCUCUCGUUGACAAGUUCAGACAGCUUCCUUUCCAGGCCAUCAUUGCUGAGCUGGCAGAUGUGAAGCUGCCCUCGUGGUCCGAGGAUGUAGUCAUGAUGUUCCGUCACCACGUGGAGAGGAGGACACUGACUGCGCUGAUGAAGUCAGUACAAGAUGCUCCUGUGCCAUGGGAGAGGAAGAUAACCGUCCACCUGAGGGAGAACUCGGUGGACCGAGGAGAUUUUUGGGUGCACAAUGUUAUGAUCGACCUUGUCAGUGAGCUCGGCAAAGCAGAAUGAAUGUGAUCUAAUUCACCUCAGGGCAGCUGACAGGAGUACAAAAAGGCCAUUUGGCAAAAAAGCAAAUUAUGUUCAUGCUUCUGUUACAUUGAUAUGUUUUUGUUUGUUCCAUAAUGGUCAAUUGAAAUGUCAGUACCUCAGUAUCGUGACUAAAACUAAUGCAUGAAGGUUAAAACCAUUCUAAGACCUUGCCUUGAUGUGGCUGAAUUGUUCAGGUUGCUAAGAGCACUAAAAAGCCUUUCCUGAAAUGGCAAAUUAUGUUAAUAUUUCUGUUGCGUUGAUAUAUUUUUGUUUGUUCUAUAUGGUCAAUUGAAAUGUCAAUAUCGCAGUACUGUGACAUGAAUAAAAUUAAUUAAUGAAGGUUA